AUGAAGUCAAAGCAAGAGAUAUGCCAACAAAAGCAAAUUAAUCCAUCUUUAAGUAUUACUGAACUAGCAGAAGAAUAUAAUUGUGAUAGAAGCGCGGUUGCGAAGAUUUUGAAAGCGAAGAACGAGUGGUUAUCCAAAGAAUUUACGAGUUACGAAGCAAAGGCAAAGGCUAACAGACCAGUAAAGUUUACGAACUUGGAAGAUGCUUUAAGCAUCUGGACACGUCGGUUUUUUUCUCGAAAUGUUGUAUUAACUGAUAGACUCUUACAACUGCAAGCAAAAAAAUUUGCUGAACUUCUAAAUAUUUCAGAGAGUGAGUUCAAGGCAAGUCAAGUAUUGGAAGCGAUCAACUCUGAAAAAGAAAUACCUCGCCUCAACAUAAAAGAAGCAAUUAGUCUUUGUUCGGAAGCUUGGAGAAACGUAACCCCUCGGACUAUUGUCAAUUGCUGGCAAAAAACCGAAAUAGUACCAUUAACCGAGUGGAAUUGGCGAAAUCCAGACGUACAAGAAUACAAUGAGAAUCCAGAAUUAGUAACUGAUAUUGAACAACUAGUUUCUGACUUUCCUGCUAAUAGCAUGACGGCUAACAAUUACAUUCAUUUUGACGAUACUAUUGAGACAGAAGAGGUUGUUAUCGACGAAAAAGAAAUUAUUGAAGAGAUCUGA